GAGGAAGGAUGACGCAGACAGCUCCCAGCGCUGAUGCUUGUAGGCACAUUAUUGAACUUGGGCUCAAAGUCUGGCAGGAGGAAGCACCGGCAGCAACUGACUGGGCAGCCUUCCCGGGAAGAUGCAGCCACUCCUGCUCCUGGUGGUCCUUCUCCUGCCCCCCAGGGCUAGGGCAGGGCAGAUCAUCGGAGGCCAAGAGGCCAGGCCCCAUUCCCACCCCUACAUGGCAUAUCUUCAGAUCCAGACACCAGUGGGUCUCACCAUUUGUGGGGGGUUCCUGGUGCGAGAAGACUUUGUGAUGACAGCAGCUCGAUGCUUGGGAAGCCAAAUAAAUGUCGUCCUGGGGGUCCACAACGUCAGCAGUUUUGAAUGGACCCAGCAGCGCAUACCUGUGCUCAGAGCCAUCCCCCACCCCAGAUACAGUCAGCAGAGCAAUAGGAAUGACAUCAUGUUACUGCAGCUGAGGAACAGAGUCACACAGAAUCAAGUUGUGAGGCCGGUGGCUCUGCCUCGGACCCAGAACAGGCUGAGUCCUGGGACCCAGUGCACCACGGCUGGCUGGGGCCUGGUUGGCCUGAGCAGCAGAACAGACACGCUCCAGGAUGUGCAACUGACAGUGCAACAGGAUGGGGAGUGUCACCGUCGCUUUGAUUUCUAUACUGGCCAAAGGCAGAUUUGUGUGGGGGACCCAAGAGAAAGGAAGUCCACCUUCCUGGGGGACUCCGGCGGCCCCCUCGUGUGUAACAGUGUGGCCCAGGGCAUUGUCUCCUAUGGCAACAGCAUGGGGACUCCUCCAGCAGUCUUCACCAGGAUUUCCAGCUUCCUGCCCUGGAUAAGGAGAACAAUGAGGCGCUUCAAAGAGUGGGGACCAGCGUGA